GGGCAGACGUCUCGUAUGUGAAUAAAGCUGAUGAACUGCGUGGAGUUGAUGAGUGACUUCCGUCUAUCCUCGGAUGCGUCAGAUCUAUGUUCAUAGUAUCGGCUGUGCUUGUACUUGCCUGCUUGCUGCACCACGUGUCCAGCGCUUCACCAGCGAGUCUGAGGUCCAGGAGGUGGCAGCGGCUCCACGGCGGCGAAGGAAGGGCUGUCGAAGCGCCAGUUGAUGCACGACUGUGUGGCCCUGGCGACUUCCUGCCUGAGAUCUAUCGGGUGGUGACUGGACGCGUGCAUUCGUUACAUCCAAGGCGGCGGACAUGUCAGUGGGCUCGUCUGCGGCAGGUAAUUAAGAGGAGAUCAAUGAAUGCUUGGUUGUGGCCACCGCCGAGGCAUGCACGUGUUCUCUCUCUUGUCUUGCCACAGAUGGCAGGUGAUGGUGGAUGUCUGUUUUACUCUCUUGCAAGCGCUCUGUGGUAUGAGGAAGAGGGGCAGCAUCCUGAUGUCAACAGUGAGGAUUUCCGCUCGCUCGCGGCAGCCCUCAGACAGGUACAUCGGCACCGAUAUGUGCGGAAACACAGCACGCCGCUGGACUCGUCUUGUAUGCACAUCGGUCAGGCUGCAGUGGACGUGCUCUUGUUUGAUGGGAACGCAUCCCGUGCUGCUUUCGGUUCCCCUUCCCUCUCUCAUCCUCUCCUGCUGCGCCACAUCCAUCACACGGGUCACUUGAGGCGGCACCACAAGUCUGCUGCUAACGAACUCCUCCUGUGCGUCGACGCAAGUCGCGACCUUUGGGUGACCAACAGCGAGUUGCUGGCUGCGGCUGCGUCCUACCACAAUACGACAUGCGAUGUGUACUGUGACGAUAUGCGGCGGCACUUCACAUGGGGUGGUGGACCCGAGAUCGUAGCUAUCGCGAAUCUUCUCGGCCGCCCCAUUCUGGUGUAUGAGGCACGGACGGUCAGGGGGAAAGGGCAGCAGAUACAUGAUGGAGGAGCGCGUUGUUCGCCCGACUGGGAUCUGUUCUGUGUGGGCUGCUUCGGGCCUGGCGUCAACAACACGCGGCACCGCCCGCUGCGGGUCGCGUUUGUGGAUGCGACGUUUCCCUAUGUGCGUGUGUUGCGAAGGAAGAGGGGCGUGGGCUCUGUGCUUGCUGGUGUGUUAGGGGGCAGGAAGGGUGGGCAAAGGCCUAACCAUUUUCUGGCAAUCUUCGUGAUGGACGAUAACACGAGGACAGGUGUCAGAUAGGCUGGCUGUUGGGAAGUAUUGACA